AUGCCGGGUAGCCCCAAGAAAAAGAAAUCGAAGCGGAAAGCUACAGACUCUGACCUCAAGGCACCUGAAGGGCAAGAAGGUGGGGUGAAGAGAGCAUGCGCUCAGGUUGAGGUACCAUCUCAGUUGACCACCAAUCAAGCGAAUGAGUCGCAGAACCCUCGACGUUCAGGACGUCCAGGUGCCGGGAAAGGAGGUAGGAACACUCAGCUGGAGAAAAUUGGCGCCAUCUUGCAUGCCCCGAUGCGGACCAAUCAAGCCAAGGGUGCUACAUCCCUUGAUACGAACAUCCCUGCAAACCCUCUCGCUCCAGAACUGUCUCGCAAGGGUUGCGGAAGCCGUUCCAAGACGAAGCAGCCCCCUCCGCCAUAUAGCCCCUCGGAGACGCUGAAUGUAAUGACUUCCAAAUCACGCUCAAAGAAGACCAAGGCUCCCAUUGCUCCUGCUCCGACCUUUGAGUUGAUGGAUGAUCAACCAACUUUUCCACAACAGCCAGAUUUGCAAGCACUAAACAACCCCUUCGUGGCCAAUGCUAGGAGGUUGCAGUCACCAUCUGCAUCCCAAUCUCAGGCUCCUGCUUCAGAAGCUCACCAUCCAAUCGCUGCUCCUCGUGUCAAAGAUCCAGUACCUUCCAGGACAACCUCAUCUACUAUGUCAUUAUCAAACACUAACUUCUACCAUAAUUUGGAUCCUGCGCUCCGGUCGAGUGCACUAAGUACAGAUUCUGAAGGGUCAGAUUCGUCGAAGGAUGAAGAUUCACCCUCGGAUGAAGGUGGUGAAGACGAGCAGAUUGGUUGGGGAGAAGUUCGUUUUUCAAGAGAAGAACUACCGUCCCAGCCUCAAGUGGUAACUGCGUUGCCAACGGAUUUCGAAUUCCAGCAUUCACGCGACAAAGAUGACCAAGUCGCUGAGAGGACUUUGGCAGUUAGCAGUGAUUUGAGUGAGGGUAGUAUGACGACAGAUCAGGAGAGUGCUCCCCAGCCGGCUGAUGUUUUGAGAGUUCAUCACGAGAAAAACGGCCAUCCCUGCCUUCCUGACCCCGCCCUUCUAGAUCUUCUCCACACUGCUGAGGUGGCUGCCCCCAAAUCGAAGGCAAAAUCAAAGCCAAAACAGGGAUCGAAAUUGAAAUUGAAGGCGGACGAUAGAUCCGACGAUGAAGGGCCUAAGGCGUCCCAAUUGGGUUGGUAUAGUUCACGGUGGAAAAGUUUCCUUGAGGAUGCGAAGGGGGAGUGUUGCACCCAGCAGGCAUUAGAAAAUCCAUUUCCAAGCCUGGUUGUUGACAUGCCGGUCUCAAUCACUGAAUGUCUUUCAGCAUCCCUUGUACAAUGGCUCAAAACCGGCCACCAAGUUGACGCUGGUGUGUGGCCCAAACACAAACCAGACAUGGCGAGGCUGUUGUACGAUGACCUGGCAACUUGGCAUUCUGAUCUGAAAAAAAUCAUUAUUGCUAUCGCACCUUCCGCAUAUGGCCUUGUCCCACCAGCUGACAUCCCUGUUCAAGAGCGUGCAGCUUGGGUCGAAGAUGCUGCUGCUAAAUUAUUGGACGAUGGCAAGUUUCUGCGCUUUGGACUGGACAAUUUAGGGAAAACCAGGAAUUUUGCUCACCCUGCGCUUCUUGAAGCCAUCAUUUUAUUCAUCUAUACUGGAACUUAUCGCAUCGCUCGUAGGCGACCAGCUAUUUUUCGAAAAGAGGUGCCAUUGAAAUGCUUGGCUCUCGUUUGCACGGCGUUCCAUUGCGUCCUCCAAGGACUGGCGAAACAUGGCAAUGGCAAGCUUUAUCCAAAGUUUACUGCCAAGGAGUAUGAGUCUGUUUAUAUGGCAAUGCUAGGGCUACUCGAGGCUGUCAAGAAUGACCCUUAUCAUGGUCACAGGCUGAUGCAACAGCUUGGUGAAUGGGCUCGAGCUGGAUGGUUGGGCUUUUUUUUUUGUACAGCAUUCGGCACUAACGAAUUUCUUACAAGGCGGAGGCAUCUAAACUAG